AUGAUGAUUUGUUUACUUCAAACAUUAGUCUUCACGCAAAAAAGAAAGAAAGAAUAUGAUGUAAUUUUUUUCCUGGGUGAUAUAGAGAAGGACAAGAAGAUCUUUGUUCAGAAGUGUGCUCAACGUCACGCUGUUGAAACUGGAGGCAAACACAAAACUGGGCCAAACCUGUCUGGAUUAUUUGGACACAAGACCGGCCAGGCUAAAGGACUUUCUUACACUGAAGCAAACAAAAGCAAAGAUAUUACCUGGGACAAGGACACACUCAGGAUUUGCCUGGAAAAUCCGAAAAAGCAUAUCCCAGGAACAAAAAUUAUCUUUGCAGGUCUCAAGAAAAAGAUUGAGUGUAAAGACUUGAUAAUUUAUCUCAAAUCUGCCACAGCCAAACAACUUCUAUCUCAGAGAUAA